UUCCCCUUCAAGCUCGAGGGUAAAGUCCACGCUUGGGCGGUGGGAGCUCACAGCUCUGUCCUCACACAGGACUGAGGUCGCUGGGGAAGGCAGGGCUGUGGUCUAGAGGAAGAUGAGACUGUUGGGUCUUCUCCUGUGCCUGGUGGCAGGUCCCCAAGGUGUCCUGUCCCAGGUGCAGCUGCAGGAGUCGGGCCCAGGCCUGGUGAAGCCCUCGCAGACGCUCUCCCUCACCUGCACUGUCUCUGGUGGCUCCAUCACAACCAGCUAUUAUACCACAAUUCGGUACCCAUCUGGGGGCUGCGUACAUCACCACCGUGAGAGGAACUCUGACACCGACAUCACAGAAUCCCCACCCGGCCCUGGCCCUGCAGCUCUGGGAGAGGAGCCCCAGUCCGGGAUUCCCAGCUGCUCCCAUUCUCUGAUCAGGACUGAGCACAGACGACUCACCAUGGAGCUGGGGCUGAGCUGGGUGGUCCUGGCUGCUCUUUUACAAGGUGUCCAGGCUGAGGUGCAGCUGGUGGAGUCUGGGGGAGGCUUGGUGCAGCCUGGGGGGUCUCUGAGACUCUCCUGUGCAGCCUCUGGAUUCACCUUCAGUAGCUAUGCCAUGAGCUGGGUCCGCCAGGCUCCAGGAAAGGGGCCCGAGUGGGUCUCAGCUAUUAAUAGUGGUGGUGGUAGCACAAGCUAUGCAGACUCCGUGAAGGGCCGAUUCACCAUCUCCAGAGACAACGCCAAGAACACGCUGUAUCUGCAAAUGAACAGCCUGAAACCUGAGGACACGGCCGUGUAUUACUGUGCAAAAGACACAGUGAGGGAAAGUCAUUGUGAGCCCAGACAAAAACCUCGCUCCCUGGGGCAUCCACAGCCCCCAGGGGGUGCUCACGACCCACCAAGGGCAGGACAGAGCCCCAGGAGCAGGUGCAGAGGUGUGGGAGUUGUUUGCAGUUAGAAUCCUUGGUUUCCU